GGGGAGACCCAGCCAGCCCGGCCUUCCUUAAUACGUUCCGCUCCGGUGUGAUUUGCAACGGGGGGGGCUCCCGAGCAUGGCAGCCACCACCACCGCCGCCGCCGUCGCUUUCGCCUUCCUCCCGGCCUGAAGGACCGGAUCGUCUCCGGCAACCGGCGGGGGAGCCUUUCGGACGGAGGACGGAGUAAAGAGGACGGGGGCCAACUUGAGCAAACUAACGUUGCUAUGCCUUUUUCUCCAUCCUUGUGGACAGACAGUGGAAGAAUCUCUUUCUCUGCCUUGACCAGAAACAGUUCGUUCAGAAUUAUUGGAGGAAUGAGACGGUGAUGUGGCCCUGAAAAAUCUUUUCCAUGUUCAAUAUACUUCUGAAGUAAAAGAAAUGCAUCUGGGGCUUUGGACGCUCUUAUAUCUCUGAAGAAGUCCUUCUCCAACAAUUUCCUCCUGUGGUGGAUCGAUCCAGGACUGAAACUCUGCAGACUUCCUCGGCGCCAUCUUGUUUCGCCAUCUCCAAUGUGCCGCCAUUUUGUGGUGGAUUAUCUGCCAGUCGUUCCACAAAGCGCUUACGUUGCUUCUUCUUGACCAGAACACUGGAAGGCAGAUUGCCCCUCGCCCUCCCUUCUCCUUGGGUUUAUACAUUUCUUCUCUCGGUUCUUCCUUUUCCUACCUCAAAAGCCGAUUUGAAAAAGUUUAAACAUUUUCCAAAAACGGUUAUCCAAAAUGACAAGUCUGUUCCGAAGGAGCAGCAGCAAUGGCGGCUCGAGGAAUAGCUCUUCCGCUCAAGAACUUAACAAUAGCCGCCCCGCAAGGCAAGUACGGAGGCUGGAGUUUAACCAGGCGAUGGAGGAUUUCAAGACUAUGUUCCCCAACAUGGAUUAUGACAUCAUUGAAUGCGUCUUGAGGGCCAACAAUGGUGCGGUAGAUGCCACCAUCGAUCAACUGCUACAGAUGAAUUUGGACUGCAGCGAGUGUGAUGAGAGUUCUGAUUCGGAUGACAGCAUUCCUCCGGAGAUUCUGGAACGGACUUUGGAACCAGACAGUUCAGAUGAGGAGCCUCCUCCAGUGUAUUCUCCUCCUUCCUACGAUAUGCAUAUAUAUGACCGAAAGUACAUGGAGACUCCUCCAGUACCACCACCAAGAACUGAUAUCCAAAAUUCCAGCAGUUCACAAGCACAAAGACGAUACAGGGACUGGAACCCACCAUUAUUAGGGAAUCUUCCGGAUGACUUUCUCCGCAUCUUACCACAGCAAAUGGAUAUGGUGCAGAGCACCCAAAACUGUCAUCAAAGCACACAGAGUCCUGGGAACCAGGGGGCUCAGGGCUCAUUGGAUCAGGAAAAGAAAUGGAAGCAGUAUUUGGAAGACGAACGGAUUGCCCUGUUCCUCCAGAAUGAAGAAUUUAUGAAGGAGCUUCAGAGAAACAGAGAUUUCCUCCUGGCCCUUGAAAGAGAUCGGUUAAAGUAUGAAUCAAAGAAAUCCAGAAUGAACAGUGCUGUCCUCAGUUCAGAUCCCGCUUUGUCCUCAAUAUUAUCAGAUGAGGUCACUCGCUCUUUAACCGGUGUGCCCAGCGGGGCUAUCUCCGACGAUGCCUUAUUCAGGGACAAGUUAAAACACAUGGGAAAAUCUACACGCAAGAAGUUGUUUGAACUUGCCAGAGCUUUCUCAGAAAAGACCAAAAUGAGGAAGUCAAAAAGAAAACAGCUUUUGAAGCACCAAGUGAUGGGGACUGCAGCCUCAACAGCAAACCUUCUUGAUGACGUUGAAGGACAUUCAUGUGAUGAGGACUGCCAAAUAAGAAGAAAAUUACCUGCAGCAGAAGAACCAUCAAAAGAAGUACAAUAAGAUCCAGAAUUGGCAAUGGGAGGGAGGGGGGAAGCCAAAUAAAACAAGAAACCAUGAUGAUUAAAAGGGAAGAUAGUUUUUAUGCUGGUGACUCUAAUCUGGAACAAUCCGAGGCUUCUCCCAAGUUCAACCGUUCGGGAACAUGAAGGCACGUUUUGAUUUUUUUAUCCUGUGACUAAGAAUUUGGGUCUUACUCUUCCAUCUUUUUUCAACUCUGAGGAAUCCAGCUCCCCCAACCACCAAAAAAGGGGGGAGAGAGAAAACUGACAACUGACCUAAUCUUUUAUACACCAAUCUUUGAAGCUGAUAAUCUGUCAUCAAAUGUGGUUCAGAUGUAUGAAAGGAAAGCCAUACCAUUGUUCCAAAGUGGUUUCUGGCUAAAACACCUUUGAACCGUGACUUUUGAACGAACGGAUACUUGUGUCCUUUACAUCCGGGUAGAGGAUGGCCCUCCAGAUUUUGCUGUAUUGUGGAUGAUGAUUUUUACUAUAAUUAUAUAAUGAUUGCUGCUAAUAGAAAAGAAACCUGAAUCAUGCUAUUUGAGUGUGAUAAUCAGAAUAAUAUAAUUCCCCCCCCCCUCCAUGAAAAAGUGUUCCUGCAGAUCCCUUCCACAAUCAGAAGCCGUUCAUGAUAGAUAUUUCUCCUUUUUCAGGGGUCAAAAAAGUCAAGACAGCACCUUCAAACGAGUUAAAAAUUCAAAGUUUUUCAAAAUAUUUUCUUUAAUCAAGUUUGAACAAAACAUAGUCAAUCCAACACAAACUAAUAAAGAGCAGAAGAGAAAGAAAGAGAGAGAGAGAGAGAGAGGAAGGAAGGAAGGAAGGAAGGAAGGAAGGAAGGAAGGAAGGAAGGAAGGAAGGAAAGAAAGAAAGAGUUGAUUUCUUUGUAUUCCUUUGCAGCAAAUAUAAAUACAGUAUAUAUAAAAUACAGUAAUAUAAAAUUACUCCAUGAUUUUAAAAAAAAACCUCUCACUUUUUAUUAUUCAUUUCCCCCUCCUAAUCAUCAUUACCACAAAUCAUAAGUGCAUUUUUUUCCUGUUUUAUGCAAAAAAGUCGAUAAGGUUUUCCAGUUGAUCAUAAAUGUCGAUAUUGGUUUUUCUCUAAUCAAAGAGGUUAAUUUAACCAUCUCCGCAAGUUCUAUCAUCUUCACCAAUCGUUCCUCUGUUGUAGGUACCAUAGUGCUGAGCCUUUCCAGUUUUCUGCAUAGAAUAAUCUUGCUACAGUUGUCAUAAAUAAAACGAAAGUUCUGGGACUUUUUUUUCCUAGUUGUUUGUCCAUUAGCCCAAAAGAAAAUCAUCUGGGUUCAGCUAUACUUCAAGAUCUUCUGAAUUAAUGCAUAUAUUUGUAUCCAGUAUGUUUUGGCUUUUUUUACAGGUCCAUCAAACAUGAUAAAAAGUCCCUUCAUGCCGUUCACGUUUCCAGUAAAGAUUCAAAGUACCUUUUAUACAUUCUAGACCCGUGAUGGCGCACCUAUGGCAUGCGUGCCACAGGUGGCACAUGGAGCCAUAUCUGUGGGCAUGUGAGCAUCGCCCUAGCUCAGCUCCAGCUGAUUUUCGGGCCUUCUGGGCCCACCGGAAGUCGGGAAAUGGGCCGUUUCUGGCCUUUGGAGGACUUCCGGGGGGGGGGGGGGGGGACCGUUUUCGUCCUCACCAGGCUCCAAGAAAGCCCUGGAGCCUGGGGAGGGCAAAAAAUGGGCCUACCAGACUCACUGGUAAUCCUUUUGCCAUCACGUGCCAAAAGUGGGGGGGGACACGGGUGGGGGCAUUGAAUUAUGGGUGUGGACACACACGUGUGCGACACCCCCCCCCACUUGCUCCUGCUUUUGGCAGUCGACGGCAAAAAGGUUAGCCAUCACUGUUCUAGACAGUCUCUGGUGACAAAUACCGGUGAUACAUCAUUGCAUUAAAAUUCUCUUUAAGAUUAGAGAGCAUAACGUAACAUUUGAAUCCUUUCAACUACAUGUUUUCCUAUUGGCCCAUUUGUACAUUAUAACCAAUUUCCUAGCCUAAUUUAUCUAUACAUUCUUUCAGUUAUUCUCAUAUUUCAGCAAAAGUUUAUAAUUUUGGCAAUAACAUAUUCGUCGCUGGUAUAUAAUUCUAAUUCAAAUUCAGUCUUGCUUUGUUCAAAACCGUAAAAUCGUUUAUCCACUUUAAAUCUUUCUGUUAAUUGUAUAGAGGAAAACCAUUGGGAAGCAUAUCCUUCUCUUAUUAAAUCUCUUGAUUUCAAUUUUCAUAAGAAAAUUCUAGUACAUUUGGAAGGUUAACCAUUUAUGUUUAGCAUUUUUCAUUUACAAAAUGCCUCUGGGUGCUGACAAGCUCCAACUUCUUUACAUGUAAAAGAAGUUGGAUUCUGAUCUUAUGUUGGUGAAUGCCAUAUUGACUUUUUUGACCUCCUGGGACAUUUCUGCUGUCAUUGUUCCUGGUGUCUCUCAGCCCAACUUGGAUUCUCUCCCGUAAUUUGAUUCCGUACAACCUCUCUGAGAACUUUGUAUUCCUUGCAUUGCUGGAAAAGAGAACCAGUUUGAAAAAUAAGGAUGGUGUGAAAACUUAUAUUCUAUAUAUUGUCUUUUUCCCAUUUCUGUGAAUUCAGUCUCUCUUAUAGUUCUCAUGACAUAUGCCCUCAGUCUUGUCCAGUGGUGGGUUUCAAAAAUUUUCGUUACCGUUUCAGUGGGCGUGGCUAGGUGGGAGGACAUGUGAUUGUCUGGGCGUGGCCAACUUUACAUCACUCAUGCCCACACCUACUCAGUCACAUGACUCCCCCCCCAGCCACGCCCACAGGAAAAGGUAGGAAAAUUUUUGGAAUUUCCACCUAUCUGCUCCCGCCCUCCCUUCACCCCUGUUUCCCCUCCUUUAGUGGCUCCGGCCCUAGCCCCGCUUCCUCCCCCACUACCGCCUCUUUGUUUGGGCUGCUUACCUUCCAUGGUGGCUGGUCCAGAAUCUGGAAGGCAAGCUGACCGGAGUUUUCGGCGGCCCCCGGCCAACCACCGCUGCUGGAAAGAGGCUGGCAAAGAAGCCUGCCAGCUGCUGCCUCUUUGAGAGCCACUUUGCAGCUGUGGUGACUGGCCACAGGCUGCUGAAAAGUACCAGAGGUCGCGGAAAAAGCUGCUGCCGUUGCCGCCAUGUUCUUCGCGCAUGCGCAUCCCAUUGGACUUGCAAAUGGGAUGCGCGUGCACAAAGAACAUGGUGGCGAUGAACAUGGGCGAGGAGAGUGAGCGGCGACCGGGGGACCGGUUCAGGGGUGUGGCCAGCCGGCCAUCGCUACCGGUUCGGUGACCUUGGCCAAAUUUCUGCCAAUGGUUUGCGCGAACCUGUGCGAACCGGCUGAAUACACCUCUGGUUUUGUCCUGCCCUUGCUGAGAUGGUUUAGAAACUUGGGGUUAAGCUUUAUUGGAGAAGGACGGACUACACUAGUCCUUGUUUAACAACCAUAAUUGAGACUGGCAACUAGGUGCCCACCUAUGUUUUUGAAAUAAGGGAAUACCUUUUUUUUAAAGUGACAAUUUCUCUCUCGACUUUUUUUAUAACUACGUAGAUAAAAGCACAAGGAAGCACAUUGGCCUGUUAAAUGUAGGCAGCAGCUUAAUUGAUCGCAGCUGAAGGGUGGAGUUAAUACUAAUGGUAGGACCUGUAUUGGAAGCCUUGAAAAUAGCCAUUAAUUUCUGGGCUCAUGCAUUUAUGCUAAGUCAGUAUCUCUCAAACUCAGCAACUUGGUAUGUGGACUUCAACUCCCAGAAUUCCUCAGCCAGCAUAGCAUAGCUGGCUGGGGAAUUCUGGGAGUUGAAGUCCACAUAUCUUAAAGAUUGAUGAGGUUCAGAAAUAUUACGCUCAUCUUUAGUCUUAUGGAGAUUCUCAAGUCAUCCAGGUCAUGGUUGUCCCAAAAGUGCUUUUUUUUUUUUUUCAAGAGGCAACUGGACUUUCUGGUUUUUAUUUAUUUAUUUAUUUUAUUAGAUUUUUAUACCGCUCUUCUCCUGCUGGACUCAGGGCGGUACACAGCCAAAGAUAAAAACAGCGCAUACAAAAUUUAAAAUUUUAAAAGAAUUAAACUAGUAUUGGCCCAAUAAAAUUUAAAAUAUCUCAACUAAAACCAAUUUAGCAAUUAAAAAUAUCUAAGGGGGGGGUCAAGCCAGCCCAGCUUGAUGAAAUAAAAAAGUUUUAAGGGCACGGCGAAAAGCACGGAGAUCUGGGAUCCUACGUAUCUCCGGGGGCAGGUCGUUCCAAAGGACCGCUGCUGCCACAGAGAAGGCCCUCCCCUGGGGGUCGCCGGCCGAUAUUGUCUUGCCGACGGCACCCUGAGGAGUCCCUCUCUGUGGGAGCGUACUGGCCGGUGGGAGGCUACCGGUGGCAGAAGGCGGUCCCGUAAGUACCUAGGCCCUAAGCCAUGGAGCGCUUUAAAGGUGGUAACCAACACCUUGAAGCGCACCCGGAAGACCACCGGGAGCCAAUGCAGCUCGCGUAGGAGAGGUGUCACAUGGGAGCGCCCCAUCGCUCCCAUAAUCCCCCGCGCGGGGAUUUUCUUUGAAGACGUUUCACUUCUCCUCCAAGAAGCUUCUUCAUUCCAAAAAGCUUCUGAAGAGCUGAAGGAGCUUCUUGGAGGAGAAGCGAAACGUCUUCAAAGAAAAACCAGAAAGUCCAGUUGCCUCUUGAAAAAGCACCUUUCAGUUGCUAACCUUUAGCUUGCCUAGCCUUGCUGUAUUGAAUAAACUGAAUAAACCAUAAAGAAUGACAGAGAGUAAUUGGAUUCAUGCAAGCUACUGGGUCAAAAUCAGUCAAGCAUCUGCUGGGUGAAACAUGGGGAAAAUUUAGGAGAAUACCAAUUUUAGGACAAAAUUGGUAAUACUUGGGGGGGGAUUUGAAAGCUGCUUUGCUGUUUCCAUCCCUUGCGAUGACAGGCGAUGGUAGCAAAGCUGCCUGUUUCCAGAUGUUAGUCUGUUUUGAUCAUGUGUCUAAUGCAGAGUUUUGAGUAGGAGCGAAAGGAUUAUAUAUGCUGUAUAUGUUCAGUCAUUUGGGGCAUAUCUGCUCUUGAAGUAAAAUCCAGCAACAAGGAGAAUCCUGUCGUUAUAAAAGGAAAAAAUUGCGUGCAAAUGCAGAUUCAGGUAGUCCUUGAUUUACGACCACAACUGGGACCAGAAAUUCCGUUGCUAAGCAAGUUGAUUGUUAAGUGAGUUGCGCCUGAUUUGACAACCUCUUUUGCCAUGGUUGCUAAGCAAAUCAUUGUAGUUGUUAAGCGAAUCUGGCUUCCUCUGUCGGCUUUGCUUUUCGGAAACCAGCUGGGAAGUUCGCAAAAGGUGAUCACAUGACCCCAGGAUGCUGCAGCUAUCAUGAAUACAUGCCACCCUGCCAAGCGUCUGAAUUUUGAUCAUGUGUAGUCAUAAGUGUGAGGACUAAUUGUAAGUCAACUUUUUUUACUGCCGUCGUAACUUUGAACAGUUGCUAAACAAAUGGUUGUAAGCCAAGGACUACCUGUACGUUUCAGGACUUCUCUGCCCAGGUCCCCUGGCAUUUUAAAAAUAUCGGUUCGUGUAUAGUUGCGGCCUCUGCUAUAGCUGGACCUGUGGCAGAGGGCUCCUGAGCAUGUUAAGAGUUACCUGCAUAGCCCUCUCCGUUGCUAAUGCACUUGGCUACACCAAAAUGCCCAGUAAGAGAUGCGAAACGUUGUAAAAUUUUACUCAAGCUUUUUGUGAUUAUUUUUUUUACUCGGGGAGAACGGGAUGUAAGGAAAUCAGCUGGCAAAUUUCUUGGUCUGUUAGGUUGGCUUUCUGUACUGUAAGCUUCACUGGAGUUUUAUAGAUGGAAGAUUUAGCUUUGCUGUCUGUACACAACAAGGUUUAAUUGGAAGCCAAUCCUCGCCUCACAGUUUGGAAGAGAAUCGGACAAUGCGUACAGUUCUCUGUUUGGCAUAUUAUUGGGAUUUCCGCCCCCCCCUUAAGAGGCUUAUAAAAAUCAGGCCAAGCCUAUAUAUAUCUAUGUUGCUCUAAAAGACCUGGAGAGUUCUCUGAGGCUUAAGCCAGGCUGGUGCUGGCAAAUCCUGAAUGAUUCUUUUUCUGCUUUCCAAGUCAGGAUUUUAAAAAAUUAUUAUUAUUAUUGAAAAACAUCAGUGCAUCUUGGGAAAAAGGGAUUUUUUUUUUUUUGCUCUGGGGUUCCAUUUUAGCUUCCAGGCUAUUAUGAUGGUUGGAGAAAACAACCUUGUUUGCAAAAUAAAUUGUGAACAGGGAAGGCAACUGAGCACCUUACCUGGGCAGGCAGUUGAUUAUUAAUAUCAUACCAAUCCAGGUUCCUAGGUUAGGAUACUUAGUCUUUGCCCUCAGAGCAAGCUAGCUGUUUGGCCAGAACUGGAAAGAAAAGCAUCCAUAAAACUUGAAAGCUCUUGUGUUCUCACACCACCUCUCUCCGCUGUUCCUUAACUGAAAAUACCGGGUAAUUUUCCGCUUUUAUUGCGACCCUGGGGCUUUUCUCUGGAUGCUUGGGAAGAACCAAAUGGCCAGAUUUAGAUUCUGUUGUGCAAGCAUUUCACAGAAAUUCCAGAACGGAAGGCAGCCGCCAUUUCUCGCUCCAGUUUCCCCAAAAUUAACCCAUAUAGAUAUAUAGAUAUAUAUAUUUUGCUAUGCCAGCCUUCCCCGCAUUAGCAAGAUGGGAUGCUCUUUUAAGCUUUACCAAAACUGCUUGUACUGCUGUCGCGUUGCGUAAAAGCAAAGUUUGGACACCUUUUGUAAAAAAAAAAAAGGGGGGGGGGAAGGAUUAUUGACUGUGUGUAGAUUCUCAGAAAGCUUCCUGCCAGGAAUUCUUGUUCAGUUUUGAAAAAGAACAGUUUGGCUCCGAGCCUUUGGCAAUUCCCGUUAAUGAUAUCCAUGGAAUAAUUUUGUUAGGAUGGUAGAGUAUAUGCUUUUUGUUCAGUUUCUCAUAUUCUCUCUCCGCCCCCCACUCCAUAACUGUGUUUUCAGGGCUACAAGACCAGCUCCCAAAAGGUUAGGGUUCUCUCCCUGUCCUCUAUCAAACAAUGUACAAUCCAUGACAGUAAUGUUUGUAUUGAUUUCUCUCUUCAGAAAAAAGAAAAAGAGAGACAACCAAAGGGUGGGGAGGAAUAAAACACACGAGAGACGUUUGUGAUAUUUGUGAAUGUUGGUCUUUUAGAAAUUUAUUGCCAUACAUACUUUUUUCUUAAAAGAUGUUUAAUAUUAAUUCGUAUAAUAAACUCAUGUUGUACUCUCUUAAAACUU